AUGGCCGUGGCCAAGAAGGUCAAUUCUUCUGUCUGGCUCGUCCAGCAGACAAUGAAGCGGACCGGACUUGAUGUCUUCAAAGUAAGGAAGGCGCCUAACCGAACCGAUAAACAGAAUACGGUGGCCAAAUCCCACGCCAGGAAGCUGUACUACGAGUUGUUGGUGCAGCCGAAAUUCAAUUAUGAAGGGCAAGCUCCGGAAAACAGAGAAGGUCUUCAAAGUCGACAAGGAUUUGAAGAAAGAGUGGAUGAAAGAAUGUUGACCGGAUAUAUUCUACAUUUCAAGAAAACGCCACCGAAAGUACCUCUGUUCAUCAAUUUGUCAUUAUGGGCGAUUUCACUAUCAAUUCUCUUUGGACUUGUUUUUGGAGUAUGGGACGGUGAACUAUCCGUUCCUGCCACAGCUCUCUAUGUGAGCCUCGGUCAUACAGCGUGGGGAGUAGCUCUCAUUUGGAUAACCUUAUCGUGUUGCUGGGGAUAUGCUACACCUGUAAAUAAAAUAUUAUCUUAUCAAGCAUUUUUCCCGCUAAGUAGAUUAUCAUACUGUGCUUAUUUGUUGCAUCCAGUAGUAAUGAUGGUUACAUCAUUUCAAAUGGAAUCUCCUAUGCAUCUACAGCACGUAAUUGUGGUUACCAUGUUCUUCGGAAAUGCUGUCAUUUCAUUCAUCUUGGCGUAUUUCGUAUCUCUAGUAUUUGAAGCUCCAGUGGUGAAAUUGUUGAAAUUAGUGUUCAGGAAAUAAU